AUGUAUAUGGAUAAUAAUUUAAUAAACAGCAACAGCAACAGCAAUAGUAGUAAUACAAAGAUUAAUAAUCAAAAUGGUAGUAAUAGUAAUCUAUUACAACAAAUAGAUCAUAACUAUAUUCAAAAACAAGAGAAUGAGGCAUUAUUUGUAAUACAUAAUGAUGGUCAAAUUGUAUCAAGAGAUAAAUCAAAAGAAUUUAUGAUUCAAAGAAAGAAACAUGUAUCAAAAUUGAAUAAUGAUUUAGAUGCGAUCAUAUUAAAGUUUAAACAAGUUUCAAUGAAUGUUAGUACAAUCUUGCAACCAGAAAUAGAAAAUGUAAAUGUAUGUUUAUUAUGUUAUAAAACAUUAUCAAAAGCAAUUCAAAGGUCUGAAUUUCAAGAUACCAAAGAGAGAGUUUCAAGGAGUGAAUUUGUUGUAUUUUAUGAACAAAUGCAUCUAAAUAUUUUAGACUUGAAAAGAAAUGUUAAUCAAUAUAAAUUAAUUGUAAAUACAAUUCAAGAUUCUGGUUCACCUUCUAUAAAAAGAGCAAAAGAAUUAGAAUCAACUAUAAAUCUUCAUAUAAAGGAAUUAAAAGUUGGAAUUACUAAAUUAAAACAAAUUCAAGCGACUACACCAAAACAAACAUCAAUCAUAUUCAAUAUAAGUCAUAAUUUUCUAAGCUUUUUAAAUCAAACUGUACCAGAGUAUAGACUAUACACAACAGAACUGACAACUAGAAUGCAAAUAACACCAUCUUCAUCCCCAUCUUCCAUAAAAUCACCAGUGGUAACAGCCAAAGAAGGAUCUUCGCCCACCUCACUAUCGGCAAGUCCUCUUACCGAAUCACUAUCGGCGUCCAAUAGAAUUUCAUCAUUUUUUUCAAGUGUCUUUUCAUCAGACAACAAGCAAAUGAGCGAUGCCGAAUACGAAAGCACCAAGGAUCGAUCAUUUAUAUUGUCGGUUGGGCCGGCAGUAUGUGCACUCGAUGGUAGUUAUAUUGCCAUUCAGGGAGAGAAUUUGGACAAACCAAUGAUCACGGUGACCAUUGGUGGAGAAACGGUCAAGAUUCUAAAAAAGAACUAUCAUUCUCUAUUGUUGGUCGGUCCCAAACGCAAAGAAGAGGGCGAGGUGGAUAUUGUUAUCAAGGAUCACGAUUACACAUUGUCAAAACAAUCUAUUUUCUGCACAAACUCUUGUUUCCAAACUGAAAAGGAUAUAAGAGACAUUAACAACUAUGCAUCGGAGCUCUAUGAAAAUGCAUCCCCAUCAUUGUCGGCCUACACCAAAAAACACAGUCGUGGUCUCAGUGGUAGUUUACUCGCAAACAGUCAGAGCGCCAAUGACGAUGACGACUAUGACGAAAAUGUAUUGACAACGCCAACCACCAUAUCGUUUCAACCAGACUAUGACGACGACCAAGAGGAAAACCAAGAGGAAAGAUAUAUCAACGAGCUUACCAAUCGAUUAAAUUCGGAACCAGAACCCAUCUAUACAACCAUUGGAGGUAAAAACAGCGCAGACAAUUUCGAUAGUAUAGCAUCAUCUGGCCCGACCAAACAGGAUUUGGUCAUUCAAACAAUCAACCCUGCAGUGUCACCAAUGAGUGGAACAAGAAUUGAAAUGAAUCUAAAGCAUGCAUUGGUGGCACCAAUCACCAUCGCAGUUGGAGGAGUUCAAGCCCAAGGCAUUGAAAUGACCAAUCAGAGAAAGACCAUCAGUUUUGUGUCACCACCAUCGGUCAAGGAAGGGUUCCAUACGAUUCAAUGCACUUACAAUGGUCGGUAUCUUGAAAUACCAAAUGUUCUCGUCUACUAUUCCAGUAUACCAGAGGCUUCAACUGUCACCUCUUCUUCUGGAUCAAUGACAACUACUUCAACCAUUCCACUUGUUCAAUCACAAUCAUCCUCUUUUGUAAAUAAUCAUUCCAUCAACAACAACAACAAUAGUAAUAUUACCAGCAGUGUAAAUUCACCUAUUCAAGUUUCAAGAUCUUCAAGAGUUUGGGGGAAAUAA